AAGGUGUGAGACAUUAAAAUUAAUGCUUAAGUCAAAGAUUGUGAUAUGUUAAUGCUUGCUUACUGCUUGAUCACAAGUAUCCAAGCCUAGAAACCUUUUGGUUUACCCAAUCUUUCCAAACCAUACCUUGGAAGAGUUUUAACAUUGUAUUUAUAUUUAUUUAUUUAUUUAUUUAUUUAUUUAUUCAUAUUUAAUAGAAAUGGCUGUGUUCAAAACCACUGACAUAUUACAUACAAUUUCAAAUUUUAAAAGCCCCUCACUUAGUAUCUGUUGUCUUGAGCUUUCAGAGCAUGGCCAAUUAAAAUGGAGACACACCACUGUAAUCUCUGUAAUUUUUCUUCUCUUAGUAUCUAUGCAAGUAGGUUGUACUUCUAACCAAGAUACAUUGUAAUAGCUGAAAACAUCCUUACUGACAGCUCCACAGCCGCCUUUUUGCCUUAAUAAUAGAUCUUUUCCAUUUAAAUUGUAAUUUUCCUCCCUUUUCAACAACUUUUUCCUUUGUUCUGAAUGAGCAUGUGACUUUUCUCCCUGGAUCUUUUAAAGAUAAGCCAUGUUUUAUGGGGACAUUACCAUACAAUCCUAUGGUUGCUUAGGUGUUAGCAGCCUUUCAGUGGUGUUAUGCACAACUCUGGUGUUUCAGAAUGUAGAGGCUAAGUGUGCCAGAGGAUGCAUGCUGAUAAUUGGGAGAUGCUGCUGAUUAGAGGUAUCUUGUUGACAAUCUUUCCUGGGUUCCAGUAAGAGUCAGGAGUUGGAGCCAGGGUAGAAAACAAAUGUCACUCUGAAGAUGCCAUGGGUUCCAGCUCCGUUCUGGCCCUGCCUGCAUGCCAUUCAAAAUCUACACAUGUGCUAUCUUUGGAUCUGGUGCCAUAAAUUACUUUCCCAAUCUGUAGUAGUCCAUCAAAACCAGAUGGGAUAAGUAAUAUCUAACUUUGAGGAUUCAUGUAAUUUUUGUUUCAAUAAAAAAGAUUUACAAAAGGAUCUGGGAGUACUAAUUAGUUACUGUUUGUUCUCUUCUUUGCCUGCAUUCCCUCCACCCCCACAUGUAACCUUUGGUUUUUCUGUUUUCCUCUUGCUGUUUCUUCAUCUCUUUUCUGUGUUAUCAUCCAUCUUGCCUUCUCUUAUAUUGGACAAGCCAACAAUUACAGAAUAAUUCUUUCAGCAUGGGACACGCUGCAGAGUAAGCAGUAACCACCACAGUAACUGAUGCAGUUUAUGAUGUGAUCUUCGUGGUGAGCUGGUGGGAAAACUGAGUUGUAAAUCACCCCAAUGGAUGCGGACAGUGAUGUUGCACUGGACAUUUUAAUCACAAAUGUAGUGUGUGUUUUUAGAACAAGAUGUCAUUUAAACUUGAGGAAGAUUGCAUUAGAGGGAGCAAAUGUGAUAUACAAGCGUGAUGUUGGGAAGGUUUUAAUGAAGCUUAGGAAACCUAGGAUUACGGCCACAAUUUGGUCCUCAGGAAAAGUUAUUUGCACAGGAGCCACAAGUGAAGAAGAAGCUAAAUUUGGUGCCAGACGACUAGCUCGUAGUCUACAGAAACUAGGUUUUCAGGUAAUUUUCACAGAUUUUAAAGUUGUGAAUGUUUUAGCAGUGUGCAACAUGCCCUUUGAGAUCAGAUUGCCAGAAUUUACAAAGAAUAACAGACCUCAUGCGAGUUAUGAACCAGAACUUCAUCCUGCCGUGUGUUACAGAAUAAAAUCUCUCAGAGCUACCUUACAGAUUUUUUCCACAGGCAGUAUCACAGUUACAGGGCCAAACGUAAAGGCUGUUGCCAGUGCUGUGGAACAGAUUUAUCCAUUCGUGUUUGAAAGCAGGAAAUAAAUUUUUAAUUCACCACUUGAUGGUUAGGUUCCCUAACCAAGCACCUUCAAAGACUGCUGCACAUUGGACUAAAAGCAAAAAGGAAAACUGGACCAACUACAGCAGAGGAAUACAGACUCCUACUUGCUCAUGGCCACAGUAUAGACUCCAGUUCUUUUGGAUUUUACUCUUAACAGUGCUGUAUUGUAAAAACAGAAGUUUACAAGUUAUGAAAUUGCUGCUUUUAAAAAGACAUUCUAUUUAUUUUUGCAGUAAUUUCUGUGUAUUCAUAAGCAAAGCUGUCACGAUGUGCACUACCUUUAAGACUUUUUUUUUAGCUUGAGCUUGUGUUUUAUUUGUGAAUAGUCUUUUACAUUUUUGUAUGCUGAAUAUUGGGCACCAAAGAAGCUGUAAAAGUUAUCUUUUUCACCUGAUGAAUGUGCACAAAUAAAAAUUUGGAAAAUAUUUCUCUUCAUACCUGUUCUGUUAUAUUCCUUCCCUUUUUAUAUUACAAUUAAAAUUGUAUAGUUGCAAAUUAAUUUGAAACAAUGUAAGAAUAGUCUUUUGCUGAUACCUUCUGUUUCUGUUUGUAGUAUGUGUAAAACUUCGUGCUUGGGCUAGAUUGAAAUCUAUAGUAGUUAACGUAUGUUUAUCUGACAAUGAAAUUUGGUUUGUUCCCAGUUCUCUUAACUACAUGCCAGACUUCAAGUAUUUUCUUGUUGUUACAUGAAGAGAAGACAUUUCUAAAUAUAAAUGUCUGUAGCAAGUGUUUUUCUGUAGAUGAAUUGCAGAAUGCGCUGAGUUGGAAGGAAGCCAUCAGGAUCACCGAGUCCAACUCCUGGCCCUGUACAUGACACUCCAAGAGUCACACCCUGUGCCUGAGAGCAGUGUCCAAACGCUUCUCGAACUCUGUCAGGCUGGUGCUGUCACCACUUCCCAGGGGAGCCUGUUCCUGUGCCCAACCACCCUCUGGGUGAAAACUUUUUUCCUGAUACCAAUCCUAAACCUCCUCUGACUCAGCUUCACGCUGUUUCCUCAAGUCCUCUCACUGGUCACGAGAGUGAAGAGAUCGGUACCUGCCCUUCUGCUUCCCCUCGUGAGGAUGUUGAAGACCACAAUGAGGUCUCUCCUUAGUCUCCUCCAAGCUGAACAAACCAAGUGACCUCAGCCCCUCAUAAGGCUUCCCCUCCAGACCCUUCACCAUCCUUGUGGCCCUACCUUGGACGCUUUCUGAUAGCUUAAUUACAUUAUCAACUUACGAAGCUACUGUAGAAAAAACAACUGCCUUGUCCACCUACUCAAUGCAAAAGAAAAAAAAUUAAAUGUGAACUUCAGGAAAAUUGUUGUGCUUCAACUGGAGAAGAUGUUGUGGUCACUAAUCCAGCCCCAGCCUAUUGCUGAAUGAUUAACACAGACCUUUUCUACACUCUUCUUACUGUAUGCUGUUUUGAUGACAGGAGCUGCCAACAAGCAGUGAAGCUUGAUUCUGGCAUGUAUUAUUAUUGGUAUUAAUCUUGGACUUGGAAGCCAGUAGAUGUUUCUUUCAGUAAGUGCACAUUUGAAGCAGAAGAGAGGUGAAUGCUUAAAAGUAACUGCAAAUGCUACUUUUAAAAAGAUACAAUAAAUAUGUAUAAAUGCA